AAAAGCGGUCCACUUUUUAACCUGAAUAUUUUCAUUUUAUUCUUUUUCUUCACUGAAGAGCUCGAAGAUGGACGGGAUUUCGACUUAUAACAAUUUUAUAGCCUUACAUAAACCGCAACUUCUUUUGUCCGGUGUUCCCGAGUACUUCUGGCAAACAUUGUGUAAGAAAAUUAGUGAUCAGAUCUUCGACUCUGGUUUGGCAUUUCAACUUGUUCAAAUUGACUAUGAAGAUAUUCAAAAAGCUCCUUACGAUCCUUUGUGGAGCGUUAUAGCUAUCAAAUACAUUAAUCGAUCGGAUCCAAGCCACAUAUAUUUAAUAGAUCAUGCAUGGACGUUUAAAGCAAAUAGUAUUAAAAAUAACCUUCGAAACGUUCCUGGGCUUGCCGACAGAAUGUGUAGCCUAAUGCAAAUAACAGCGGAUUCGAUUGAAGGCAAGAUAGAUGAAAUUUCUCAGCAAGUUUGGAAGUAUGCCAACACUUAUGCCAUAGGAGGUAAUGAUUUUUCCAUUGAAGACAGAGUUCCAGUCUGGUAUGUUUUAGAUGAAUUAGGUUCUGGAAUCACUCAUUCAGAUAAUCCUAAUUUUCGAACUGUACCCUUUAUAAAUGUCCCCGAUCAAAUGACUUAUACUUUAUUAUUUCCUGUAGAAAAUGUAGAGGAAGGUGAUGUCAUCACUAGAAAUUUUGUAGAGGGUCAGUUUUCUGAUCCACUUCAAAGAGAAGCUAUGCUUAUUCCCUGGAAACAGUAUGAACAUUUUGAUGAAGAUUUUACUCAAAAAGAACCAGAUGUGAAUUAUUUUCUUGAAGGACAUAUUAGUGAAACUUUACCAGAUUUAGAAUUACUGCAGAAUAGGGAAACACCAACAAAAUUGAAAGUAUAUGCAGAAUAUAGAUAUAUUAAUGAGUUUCUAACUGCACCAGAAUUCCAAAUUGUCCAUAAUGAAAAUAAUGCUGAUAUCUUGUGGUAUAUAAAUCACUUCAAAAAUUUCAAAGAAUUAAGUAUGACUCCUCAUAAAUUUGUCAAUCAAUUUCCUUAUGAAUAUGUUAUAACUAUAAAAGAUUUAUUGCCUAUUGUAUCUAGAAGGUGUGCACAAAAGUAUUCCACCUUACAAUUGGAUACCUAUCCCUUAUGGUUGCCAACUACUUUCAACAUGAAGACUGAAUUAUCAAAAUUUGUUUCAUAUUAUAUGCAGAGAAAGAAGAUUGGGUUAGACAACCACUGGAUUUGCAAGCCUUAUAAUCUGGCAAGAGGAUUAGAUACUUAUAUAACUGAUAAUUUAAACUUUAUGUGUAGACUUCCCUUAAGUGGGCCUAAAAUUGUUCAAAAAUACAUUGAGAAUCCAGUACUUUUUGAAAGACCUGAUGUUGGACUGGUUAAGUUUGAUAUACGUUAUGUAAUAAUUAUAAAAUCGGUUGAUCCAACUGAAGUAUAUGUGUAUAAUAACUUUUUCCUUAGAUUUGCCAAUAAACCAUUUUCAUUGGACAAUUUUGAAGAUUAUGAGAAGCAUUUUACAGUCAUGAACUAUGAACAAGAAGCACAUCUGUUUAAAAUGCUAUGUAAGGAUUUUAAGGAUGCCUGGGCAAUCCAAUAUGCCAAUUACGAUUGGGUUGAAAUUGAGCAAUCAAUCUUUAAAAUAUUAGCUGACCUUUUUACAGCUGCUACAUCUAAGGAACCUCCGUGUGGUAUUGCCAAAAGUCCACAAUCCCGAGCCCUUUAUGCUGCAGACUUGAUGUUAUCCUGGCAUCAAUCAAAUGGUGAGACAGUAGUACGACCUAAAAUACUAGAGAUAAACUGGAUGCCAGACUGUGCUCGAGCAUGUGAAUAUUAUCCUGAAUUCUACAAUGAUAUAUUCUCUUUAAUGUUUUUGGAUAAAAAUGGAGAAACUCUUACCAAAGUUUUGUAAAUUUGUUAAAUUUUAAAAUCGAAACCUAGUCGUGACCAUACAGGGUGAGGCAACCAUUUCUGAAAAUGGACUUGUGAUUAUUUGGAAUAAAAAAAUAGUGAAUGUUGAAUUAUAAACCUUUGUAUUGUAACUAAGAAAAAAAAAGCAUCCACAAUAUUUUAUGGUGAAGAUGUCUCUCAGCUGCCUUCUGUUUCAAUUGUGGUGUGAUGUUUAAUAUUUACUGUAUCAACGAGUAUUUACACUAGAAAAUUACUGUUGUUUUUCGGUUAUGUUUGAUAUGGUGACAUGAUUAUUUUUUUUAAGAAUGGUUAGCAUUCACCCUGUUUUUUCAAACUGAGUGAACCAAAGUAUUAUGAAACUGUUUUCAUAUUGAAAGAAGUUUGUGAAAUUCUGCACUGUGAUAAAAGCUUAAGUUUAUAUUUUGAUACUUAUGACA